AUGAGCUGCAGACUCCAUCCCAGCGGGGACCCCGGGAUAGAGGGACCUCGGAGCAGCCUCUUCCAGCCUCCUGCUGACAGCGCACCCCAGCUGUGACCCAGGUCACCCCACCUCUCAGCGCCAUGGCUCCCCCACCCGGGGACCCAGGGCCCCCCCUGGGGAGCCAGCGACCUUUCCUGAGCACCAAUGUCCUGCCUGUGGUGGAGCGCUGCAUGAGCGCCAUGCAGGCCGGCACCCAGAUGGUGAAGCUCCGGGGCGGCGCCAAGGGGCUCGUGCGCUUCUACUUCCUGGACGAGCAGGGUCCCGGGUGGGAUCGGCAACGGGCGCCAGCCCCUGGGUCACAGCCCUGGGCAUUGAGCUCGGCCCCUGGUGGGCGGAUGACGGGGGUGACGCUCGAAAGCAGCCAGGACAUCAUCGAGCAGUUCGAGCCCUGCCCCGAGAACAAGAGCAAGGGGGUGCUGGGCAUCGACGGCUUCACCAACUACAUGCGCAGCCCGGCCGGCGACAUCUUCGCCCCCGAGCACCGCCGCGUGCACCAGGACAUGACGCGGCCGCUGAGCCACUACUUCAUCGCCUCCUCCCACAACACCUACCUCGCGGGCGACCAGCUCAUGUCCCAGUCGCGGGCGGACAUGUACGCCUGGGUGCUGCAGGCCGGCUGCCGCUGCGUGGAGGUGGACUGCUGGGACGGGCCCGACGGGGAGCCCAUCGUGCACCACGGCUACACCCUGACCUCCAAGAUCCUCUUCAAAGACGUCAUUGAGACCAUCAAUAGAUAUGCCUUCGCCAAGAAUGAGUACCCGGUGAUCCUGUCCAUCGAGAACCACUGCAGUGUGGCCCAGCAGAAGAAGAUGGCCCAGUACCUGACCGACAUCCUCGGGGACAAGCUGGACUUGUCGUCCGUGAGCAGCGAAGACGCCUCCCUGCUGCCCUCACCACAGGCGCUCAAGGGCAAGGUCCUGGUGAAGGCCGCCCCCAACCGGAAGCGGGCGGAGCACAUGGCCAAGCGGAAGCUGGACUCCCUGAUCAAGGAGUCGCGGAUCCGGGACCGCGAGGACCUGAACGACUUCGCGGUCUCCGCGCUGCCGCUGCCGGCGAGGCCCGGGCACAGGGCCGCGCGCAAGAAGGCUGAGGAGGACGUGGAGGCCGGGGAGGACGCUGGGGCCAGCAGACGGAACAGCCGGCUGCUCGUGCACAGCCUCUCCAAGCGCAAGGUGGGGGGUGCGGCCGUGGCGCCCGCAGUGGCGUCCAGCUGGCAGGUGUCGUCUUUCAGCGAGACGAGGGCGCAGCAGGUCCUGCAGCAGAAGCCGGAGCAGUACCUGCGCUUCAACCAGCGCCAGCUGUCCCGCAUCUACCCCUCCUCCUACCGCGUGGACUCCAGCAACUACAACCCGCAGCCCUUCUGGAACGCCGGCUGCCAGAUGGGUGGGUGCGCAGAGCCACCCGGGAGGGGAGCUCCCCUCAGCAAGCAGCCCAGGCCAGGAGGAAGCUGUGGGCCCAGGUGGCCUCCGGGCUGGAACUGGGGCCGAGGUGACACCUCCUCCUGGUGGCCUCCAGGGUUCAACCCCAUGUGGGAGGAGACCCUGGUGUUCGUGGUGCACAUGCCCGACAUCGCCCUGGUGCGCUUCCUCGUCUGGGACCACGACCCCAUCGGGCGCGACUUCAUCGGCCAGAGGACGCUGGCCUUCAGCAGCAUGAUGCCAGGCUAUCGGCACGUGUACCUGGAGGGCAUGGAGGAGGCCUCCAUCUUUGUCCACGUGGCCAUCAGUGACGUCAGUGGUAAGGUGAGUCCCACCGCAGGGCCGCCCGUGCACCCCAGCAGGGACCGGCCCUGAGGUCGAGGGGUGACCUGCGGGGCCGUUCCUCCACCUGUGACAGGGGAUGAGGGCACCUGAGCUCCAGGCCCCGGCGGCCACGGGCACCAGGAGGGGGACGUCCUGGCCCUCCGAGGGCCCCGCCACCCUCCCUCUGUCUCCUGAGCCCCCACUCCUCGGGGUUCCGGCUCUUCACCCCCCAGAGGGCGUGGCCUCGUUCCGCCCCCUCCCCCAGCUCACUCCCCUGCCGGCCGGCCUGGGUUCACUUUCCCAGUCAUCAGGGCCCAGGGGGCCCAGGUCCUGUGUCAGGGCCCGGCAGCCCCGCACUAACCAUCUCUCUCCCCCCACGCU